AUGAGGAGGUUUUUGGUUCCUAGAACAAGUAUUGAGAAAGUGAAUGUUAACCAAACAGAAGCCGAAGUAGAAGAAACACCCCCUAAUCUGGCCAAUGAGUUUAAUCCAAAUGAGAUUGUGUGUGAUCCAGGAUGUAGGAAACAAAUUCAUGAGUAUGCUCUAGAUAUUCAAGAUCAAGUGAGGAAGGCAUAUAUAUUGAAGGGUCCAACGCAACCAGAUUUAGCAAGAUUUCCUCGUACUCAAUUUAGGAAGUCUUCAAGAGCAUUAUGUAAAGCAUGGUAUAAGAAUUAUACAUGGAUUGAAUACAUUGAGUUGAAGGAUGCAACUUAUUGUUUCUAUUGCUUUCUCUUUAAUCCGCUCAGGAGGGCCGAACACUUUGGUUAUGAAGUCUUCAACAAAUACGGAUUUAAAUAUUUGAAGCAUACAUAUAAAGGCUUUAAAUAUCAUAUUGGUAGUCAUGAUAGUAAGUACAAUUCAUGUAUAUGA